AUGAUGCUGGGCAAUCGCAAUGCUCUGCUGAAAACCUCGGAAUCUAACACAAAUGAACGCCCUUUCAUUAUAUCUGCUCUGACUACACUUUUUGUUGCCGCACUUAGUACCAAUACUGUGGCUGCCUCUCCAACCCACACUACCACGAAUACAAUCAUCAACUUGGGGCAUGCUUCAUAUAGGGGUUUGCUCAACGAAACCGUCCCAAACGUUAUUUCAUGGCUAGGCAUUCCAUAUGCUCAACCACCGCGUCGGUUCAGGGCUCCGCUGCCCUUGGACGAGACCCCCAGAGCGCAUAACAUAACAGAUGCUCAGCAAUUUCCUCCAUUCUGUAUUCAAGGAUACUCCUCUUGGCUUGGUCCCAACGAUACUGGGGGAGCCGGCUCCGAAAAUUGCCUAUACGUCAAUGUGUAUGCGCCCAAAGGCAUUACAAAUACUAGUUCUUUGCCCGUAGUUGCUUACAUCCACGGUGGGGGAUAUUUCGCUGGAAACCCUCGUAGUUGGCCAUUCGAUAACUGGGUCCAGCGAUCCCCAACUCCAUUUGUCGCAGUAUCGAUCUACUACAGGCUUUCAAUAUUUGGCUUCCUCUCAGCGCCAGAGGAGCUAGGGAAAGGUGUAUAUGAAGGGAAAGACCCAGAACUUCUUCUCAAUGCAGGCAUUCACGAUCAGCGGCUAGCUCUCCAAUUUAUUCAGCGGCAUAUUCGUUCAUUCGGCGGAGACCCGGAUAGAGUGACGAUUAUGGGUCAGAGUGCGGGUGCUGGUGGCGUUGGAUUGCACCUAACUACUCGAAGUGCUAAUCAGGCUGAACGUCUAUUUCGUCGUGCUGUUGUACAAAGUUGGUACCGCUCGUCCUUUGCACUUCCAGCAGCUCGCAAGGAACAAUGGGAGGCAGUGACGAAUUCUGUUGGCUGCUCAUCCAACUCGUCAAAUGUUGCGCAUACACUCGAAUGUCUUCGGAAAGUUGACCCCGUGCAGCUCAUGCAGGCUUCGGACAAUGGGAGAAAACAACACAGUGAAUCUCUAUGGUCGUGGCUUCCGGUGAUCGAUGGUACUCUGUUCGAGGGCAACCCUGGGAGCAUUCUCCGUGCAGUUCCCGGUGUAGACGUUAUAGUUGGACACACAACUGCCGAUUCCGCCUCCGGCGGUACUCCAUUCGAGGCUGUAGUUAAUGCUACCUAUCCCGGGUUAACAUCCACCGAUUUGGAGACUCUCAGGGCCAUGUACAUUAAAGCAGGAAUUACCGAAGAGAGCAUGGCUUCCUUCGGACUAGGAGAGGCUGUGUUCCGUUGUGGAACACAUUUCCUAGCAAACUUGUACGGGCCUCGGGCGCACACAUAUAGGUGGGACGAGCCUGAUCCUGCCAAUCCUGUAUCGGCCGGACAUUCAUCAGAUAACUACAUCUUAUAUGAAGGAGCAAGGCGACUCCGUGCAGAACACUGUAAGGCGGGGUGCACCCGAUCGAAUGGAACCACCGAAUUCCACGCACUCACCCCGGCACAGCGAGGACUUUCCGACGAAGCCGUGGCCUACUUUACUUCAUUCUAUGCGACGGCUGAUCCAAAGGUUGCUAAUACUCCGGCCACCACCCAUCCAAUGUGGCCAGCACAUCCAUCCGGUAAGCGAAUUGUAUUCCGGGCCGAGGGUGGCGGAACGGGGAAAAUCCAGGGCAAACCAGGGGGAAGUUUUAUUGAGAACUUAGACACCGGGGAGGUUGAACGCUUGUAG